CAAUGUUCCUCUUCAGGUUAACUAAAAUCUCCAAAGUGAAUAAUACAGUGUAUAAGGAAUAUUCUAUCAUUUAAUAGAAAUCUUCAUCAUCAUAAACAUUUUGGAAACAAUAAGACAAUAAUUGAUAAUUAUGUGCCUCAAACAUAGUGGCUGCCAAUUAACAACUCCAGGGCUUAUGUUCCUAAGGCUAAAUGUAUAGCAGGAAAACAAAGAAUCGAUCUUACAGCAUUAUUUAUUGAUAUUAAUUCAAAUAUCAAAUUAUUGUUAUACAUCAUAAAUAGAAAGGAAAACACUCCAAAGAAAAGAAAAAUGCUCACCUUGCAGCCAUCAGAACAAGACAAAGAGGAAAGAAAAACUGCAUUUUCAGCAACAAUGACUAGAUUGCUCGAGAGGUUCAAGGCCCUUGAUGCAUCUGUAAUUGAUAAAGCAAGUGAAACAAAGCCAAAUUUGGAUGAAUUUGCUUGUGAACUGGAAGGCAUAAGAGUGAUUACAGAACUCAUGGUUCACCUUUGUAGUCAUCAGAUGAAAACAUCAAGCGCUGAGAACCCAAGUGAAGUUAAAGAAUUUUUCACAAACUUGGGUCUGUCCCACCUCUUCUCUGUACUCAAAUCAUCUCUCCAGGUCUUGGUUCAAAUUGCUGAGCAGUCUUCACGAACAACCGACACACUCACUGCCCUCGAUUCAUCCUUCCAAAAACUUGUUCACACUUCAGGAGCACUCUAUUGCAUGUCAGAUUUCAUUCAUCUGCCACUAGAUCUAUGCCAGUUUUUGAUAUUUUUGGUGUCCAUUCCUUGGUUGGCGAGAUGUGAUCCUCCCUGGAUUGAUCUACCUCAUGGGUUUGGUCUGUCAGUUGACGGCAUGGCCAGAGUUGGAAGGUCACUUGGUCCUGUCAUCGACCUUGAGAGCAAGGUUCUGUGUCUGCAUUUGCUGGCAGCACUGGAUGCAGCACCAACAUGGAGGACUCAAGUUUUCCUGUUAGUUUUGCAGAAGGACACUGCUAUUGACGCAAAGAUAGCAGCCCUAAAGCAGCUGCCUCUUUUGCUGUGUUCUCUUGGCUCAUUCUCAUUCCACCUGAUCUCAGAUGUCCUUCCUGGACUUCUCUCCUGUGGUGAAGCAGUUCAGGAGGAAAUUGCCAAAGUUAUUGGCUCCUUGGCUUGCAUACUUACAGAGAAUACAGUGAUAAGGAAGUUGAAGGAGCAAUUGUCUUUUGAUGAUCCUGUUUGUAGCAGUAUCACAUUUCUCUGCCCAGACUGUGAUCCUAAUUUUCAAAACAAAACAGGUAAUAAGGAUGAAAGUAAACUCAGUGCGAUUGUCAAUGCUGCAAUAUUCACUCAAUACCUACAACUUCUAUCCCCUGAUACAAACGCUGCCAUUAAAUGCGCCUUCAUCAAUAGUAUGAAGAGAAUGUUUACUCACAUAGCAUUUACAGCUGACUAUGCAGCUCAUAGUUCCAUUGUCAGUGCAACAUGUUUUGAUCUUAUUGAGGACCCAGACUUUGAUGUGAGAAUGGCUUUCAGCAAUGUUGUUCCCUACAUUGUCAAACCUGGAAGAGCAGAUUCAAAUGACAACAUGCAACACACUGUCAUUUCCAAGUUGAAGAAAGUGUUCGUCGAAGCUUCCUCACAAGGCAACUGCAAACUACAGGAAACUGUGGUUUUAACAAUUGGACAGCUUGGAAGAAUUGCUGAAGGGGAACUGCUGCUUGUGGUGAUUGUCAGUUUGUUGGAAAGCCUCACUGCUCACUCUCAGCUUAUAAGAGCUGUCGCCUUCAAACAGGUUCAAGAAGUGGCUAAGUUUCAAGGCAAGCAGCUGAAGGAUUUAUUUGCUGGGUUUAAGCAGUCCAUUUGUAAAUUUGUAGUGGAUGCAAUUGAUAAGAUUCACAGCCAGAACCCUGCCGCUAAAGUGUCUUUGGAUGUCGUCUCAGAAGUGGCUAGUGUGUUUGAAUUCAGAGAUGUGCACUCCUUUUUGAAGAGUACAUUGCGUUUUGUCAUCCCUUACCUUGUCAAGAAAGCAUCACCUUCCUCAUCAGCCAUCUUACGGCAUAUUGCAAAAGAGUUGAAGAUGAACAGGCGGGAGAUGUUACUGGAGAACUUCAAGUUCAUCUUUUCUUUCCUUGUGAGAUCAUGUUCACCAUCCGAGCUGGAGAAGGCUCUUGGUUAUGUUCAGAAAGAGACAGACGUAGAGCUUGGCAGUCUUUUAAGAUCCGAGGCGCAGAGUGUUUACAAUCAGCUGUUGUUGUAUUUGAGUGUCAGUUACAACAAAGUGUUCAGCGGACUGGCAAUGUUGGCUUCAAAAGAUGACACAUACACUGGGCCAAAGGAUCUACAAACCAUGCAGCAUCUGGCAAAUUUUCUGCAAUCCAGGCUACUUGGCAUCCUUGCUUUCUACAACACUGUUCUCCUCACGAACACUGAUUUGGAAGAAAAGAGAUUAGCUCUAGAGAGCCUUACCAAGCUCAUGCAAGUGAUGGGGCGCAAGUUCAUAACCACCGUACGAGUCAAAGUCAUGGGAAUCCUGCGACUGUGUUUGAGAUUCCAGGACAAGGGGUUCCCAGAGCUGUCAUGUGAUGCAUGGGAAAGUUUUGUGCGAAAUGUCGAACUGUCCAGUCUUGGUCCAAUGCUGAGUCAGAUUGUGGUUACCCUUUUGCCAUACCUGAACAAACUUCCAGCCAGAGUCACACAGAUUUUCCACUUUCUGAUUGUGGAGAAUAAAUCAUCUCUGCAAGACUACUUCCAUGAAAUCUACUUUCUUCCUGACAUCCCAGAACUUCGCAGAGUCAGUGCUGUUCUCAGAUCUUGCAGUGGGAAAGCUUCUAAGAAGAUGGACUUACAAGCUCAGCUGCGGCAAUCUCUGAAGGGCAUUUCUCAUGAAAGUGCCGAUGUGCAAAGACACGCUUUAUCAAAGCUCAAACAGUUACUUCAUGAUAACCAGGUACAUGUACUUCUAACAAUUAAUUGUCUGCAGCUCAUGUCCAGCUGUCGUGUGACUGACUCUGAAGCCAAAAUACUUGUGGCAGAAUGUCUUGGUGAGCUUGGUGCAGUGGAUCCUGGCAGACUGGAUAAGCUGACAAAUAAACCUGUGGAUGAGCAGACAGUAUUUGAGAGUGGUUGUGAUGAUAUGCAGUUUGCUGUUGAGCUCAUUAAUCAAUUAGUUCAAGCAUUCCUUGCUGCUCAUGAUACAAGAGCCCAGGAUUGUUCUGCAUAUGCUAUCCAGGAAGUCCUGCUAACUUAUGAAUGCAGCGAAUCUAAGAAGGAUGGGACUGGCUAUAAUCUGUGGCAGACAUUUCCAGAGCAUAUCCAAGAAGUUCUCAGACCACACUUGUAUUCUAAAUACCUUAGUUCUACCACUCCCAACUGGUCUCGCCUUCCCAAGCCUAUUUACAGGAGUUCAAAGGGCAGAGUCUUCAAUGAAUGGGUCAGCACGUGGACAUCGUAUAUGAUCACCAAGGUUAAGAGCCAGAAACCAUCUCACAUGUUUCAAGCUUGCAGUAAAAUUUUUAAGCAUGAUGUUAAGACUGCCUUAUUCCUGCUCCCUCAUGUACUUCUUUAUGUGCUGCUUGAUGGAACACAAGAAGAUGUCGAGGAGGUGUAUGUAGAGAUCAUGGCAGUUCUGACUCAUCUGCAAAGAAAUGAAGAACUUCCAGCACCAUCUUCUGAUUUCCGCCAAAUGAGUGCUCAGACAGUAUUUUCAGCUCUGGACUAUUUGAACCGUUGGACAAGAGCUAGGGCUCACAGUUUAGCUGUGAAAACGCAGUUGCUAUCUGCCAAGAAUCGUUUUGGUGCUUCUUCCACAGGAAUCCAUGAUCACAAAGGAGUGGAAAGUUUUCUGGAAAAAAUUCCCCAGGACGUCCUGGCCCAUGCUUCGUUUCACUGCAAGGCCUAUGCUCGUGCAUUGAUGCACUUUGAGGCUUUCAUCUCAAGCCAGAGGCAGGAUCUUCAGCAGCAUCUAGGAUUUGUUCAGAAGCUGUACAUAGCUCUGGAUGAACCUGAUGGUGUGGCUGGGGUGGCAGCAAACAGGAAACAGGAACCAACCCUCCAUGAACAGAUCCUUGAUCACAAAAGCUCAGGAAAACUCUGUGAUGCUUCAGCUCGCUAUGAGAGAGCAAUACAAGAAGAACCAGGAGAGAUUGGACACCAUAAGGGGCUGCUACAGUGUCUGAUUGAUCUUGGUCAAGUCACCACCGCUCUUAUCCAUGUGGAUGGGGUGGUCACUCGAAGAUCAGAGUGGGAGAAAUCCUUGAAUACGUACCGUGUUGAGGCGUCCUGGAGACUGGGGCAGUGGGACUCUCUUGAAAGUUAUCUCAAACUGGAGCGCGGUGUUGGUGACUGGGAUGUUGGCUUGGGACGAAUCCUGUUAGCUGCUAAAGAGAAGAAUGAAAGCGAAUUUAGACAUCAACUGAGAAUAGUUCGCAGUCAACAAAUGGGAUUCCUGUCUGCAGCCAGCAUGGAGUCUGGUUCCUACCAACGAGGAUAUGAACACAUUGUUAGGCUUCACAUGCUUCGUGAACUGGAAGAAGCUGUACAAAGGAAGUUUCAUAUGCCAUCUGAUGUUUCUGAUACCACGGGUGUGGCUUAUGACUGGGAGUCACGUUUACACAUCUCACAGCCAUCAUUCCGCACAAGGGAGCCAAUCUUAAACUUGAGACGAGUUGUCUUGAAACUAUUACCAAGCUCAGACGAGUUGCAGAAAGAACAAGGAAAGAGCUGGCUGCAAAGUGCCAAGGCAGCUAGAGUUGCUGGUCACGUUCAAACAGCCGACAGUUCACUUCUUAGUGCCAGUGCCUUCUCUCUGCCAAGUUUGUGCAUUGAACGCGCCAAAUGGAUGGCAAGUCAGGGUGAUGUUCACCAGGCAUUGAUAAGUUUGCAAAGAGCAGUCAGUGAACAGUGGCCUGAUGGAAGUAGCACUGUGUCAGAUGGUGAAGCAGACAGAUUUAUUCACGCAAAGGCCUUGUUACUCAUCGGUCGAUGGAUGGAGGAGACAGCACAUUAUGCAGCUAACCGAGCCAUUCAGCAAUACAAGGAAGUGACUACUCUUCAUGGAGACUGGGAAAAUGGACAUUUCUAUUUAGGAAAAUACUAUGACAAACUGAUGGCAGCUUGCACAGAUGGAGAGGAGAAAUCCAACACGUUAUCUAUGGACUUCAUUCCGUUUGUUCUAAAGCAUUAUGGACAAUCUCUUCAGUUUGGUAACAAGUUUAUUUAUCAGUCUAUGCCUCGUCUUCUCACUAUUUGGCUGGACUUUGGUGCCACAGUCUCUGAUCAAGGUAAUGUGACAGACAGACGGUGUUGUAUCACAUUUUCAAACAUUGAGAAUGGAGUUGGCAAUGCGCAGCGGAGUACUUUUGAAGAAAUUCAAGUUGUUUUGAAAUGUGAUACAUCCUUUCACAAACCGAGAAGCAAACGGAGACUGAAAAUCGUAAAAAAAUCUAUGCUGAUUAUGGCAGAAUUGACCAAUAAACUACCAGCAUACCAGUUCCUCACGGCCUUCUCCUUGCUCAUUUCUCGUAUAUGUCACGCCAACCAGACUGUCUUCCAUCAUCUUGAGGAAAUCAUUGCUAAACUCUUGGUGACUUACCCACAGCAGGCAAUGUGGAUGAUCAUGGCUGUUUCCAAGUCAUCGUUUGCCAUGCGAAAGAAUCGUUGCCACCAAAUCUUUCAGAAGGCAAGCUCGCGAGAUGUCAAACUGAAAAAGUUUCUUGAGGUGAGUUUAUUUCAUUGUUUUGAGCUUCUUGUUACAGUUUCUUUUUAUUGUAUUUGCGUUCCGCAGUUUCGAUGUCUUUUCUCAGUGAGAGCUACAAGGCCCCCAGCAUUUCUGAACAUUAUGGAUAGAGGACAUGAGUUUCAUUUUUCGCACGAUUUCCGCCGCUCUUUCGGGUCUGGUCCUCGUAGGUGGGAUGAGCACGAGCAUUCCACCAGGUUGACUGACAGACUACUUGAAGUAUGCAACAAGGAAGUACCUAAGGGUGCUUCAAAACACACGCUGAGCAUGAGCCAUGACUUCUCUGUACUCAAGAGACUUGUUUCUGAUGAUGAUUUUAGUCCUAUACUAGUUCCUCUUCAGUCAGCCAUGACUGUCACGCUGCCCUCAGGAGCCGGCAGUCAUCAGGAUCAUAAUCCAUUCCCAGGAUCCUUAGCGUGCAUCGUAGGAUUUGAAGACACGGUGGAUGUUCUGCAGUCUUUACAAAAACCGAAGAAAAUCACCAUCAAAGGCAGUGAUGGAGUCUCCUACACCAUGAUGUGUAAACCCAAGGUAAGCUCACUGUCUCUGUUAACGAGGUGCAAUUCUUCUCGAUACCAAAAUAUCUUACUUUUUUUUUCUUUUCACAGAGAGAAAAACAUGUAUACCCGAGGAACAGAGGUAAAGAAAUUACUGGAUAGAGCUGGAAGCAAACUUGAGGAGAAAAAACGCGUCUUCUUGAACGAGAUUCUUCCACGGCAUCCUUCUGUGUUUCACGAGUGGUUCUUGAAGACCUUUCCAAACCCAACUUCGUGGUACAUGAGCCGUCUGGCAUACUGCCGCACUUCAGCGGUUAUGUGUAUGGUGGGUCAUAUCCUUGGCCUGGGUGAUCGUCAUGGUGAGAAUAUCCUGUUUGAUGCCACGUGUGGAGACUGUGUUCAUGUGGACUUCAACUGCUUGUUCAAAAAGGGUGAAACCUUUGACUGUCCAGAGCAAGUUCCUUUUAGAUUGACACAUAACAUCGUGAAUGCUAUGGGCCCGCUUGGUUGUGAAGGUGUUUUUCGUCGAUCUUGUGAAGUAACCUUGAGGCUGUUAAGGAACCAGUGUGAUUCGUUACUAACUGUUUUGCGAACGUUCAUUUACGAUCCUCUUGUGGAAUGGCAGAGGACUAAAGGAAGGGAAUUACUUGCUGAGGCGUCCAAGAACAAGGAAACAGGCGAAGUUACGAACGAAGAGGGUGUUAAAAUCCUGAAGGACAUUGAAAAGCGAAUCCAAGGUUUUGAAGGCAACAAUAGGAUCAGGAUUCCUCUGUCGAUUGAAGGACAAGUUCAUUAUCUUAUCAAUGUAAGUUUGGUAAUGACGCACCAGGCCCCGGUUGUUCCUUUUACAUUAAAGCGGCUUGUAAGCGACGAUUUCUACCUCUGAGAGCGGAAAUGUUGAAAUUUCUUGCUCCCCCCUCGUCGUAUAAACAUUUUGCGGAUCGCCGAACAGCGGUCCGUCCGUGCUGUGAAAACCGCAGGAAAACCGGACGCGGUAUGGCUUGUCCGUGAGAGAGUAGUAACAUCUAUGUUGGAAAAGUCGUCAGGUAGCCCGAAUUGCUUUUCUUUCCUUACUGGGCCUGGCAUUAAAGCAAAAUCAACAAACUGUAAGUCCGCCAUUUUGAUUUGCUCGUCUGCUUUUUCAUUCGAUUAGCGAGUCAAUCCACCUGGCUAGGUGUGUUAAAUUUAACCUUGAGUUUAAUCCUUGGAUAGUGCUAAUCGAGCUUCGAAGAACAGAAUCUAAUCGAAGGAUAAAUU